AUGUCCGUAGCCCGAGCACAGUUAGGGGCUUCGGUUAUUUGGUGCGAUGCACGGGUAUCGAGCUUGGAGUGGUACAAGAAACGAGGACUAUCGCCAUUCGGAAGCACGUUUUACAAGUCGCAUGUCGAAUUUCCUUAA